AUGUCCCCGUGGGGCAUGUCCUUCAUGAUCACGCUACUCUGCGCGGGCAGCUUGCUGACCAUCGUCACCUGGUACAUGAUCGACGAUCAGAGAGAUAAGGUGAGAAGCUCUGUGAUCCGCGAGGGCCUCGGAGUAGAGCUGCUGUUCCUCAGCAUCGAGAGAAGCCAGAGGAGUGGGGUGGCCUAUCACAAACCGCCCCCUCUGAAGAAGAGUCCGCCGGAGCCGUCUGGGUUUUGUGAAGGUUGCAGGGAACUGAUUGACGACGUGUUGAAGCGUUACAAUAAAAACUGGAAGAAGAAUGACGGCAACUACCAAAAAUUUACCUCCAAGCUGAGCGCCGCGUGUCAAGGAUUCCAGAAGGCCAUCGUCACGCAGGCCAACAUGCCCGUCGGAAGCAAGAUUCAAUAUGAUGGCGAAAGGGGGAAAAUUCUGCAGGUGACUCCAGACAUCUUUAAAACCUUUAUCAAAGAGCAUCCGUUCUCCAACAGGACGUUCGCUACGUGCGCCGUGGUCGGUAACGGCGGCAUCCUGAUGGACAGCGACUGCGGGAAAACCAUCGACUCGGCGGAGUUCGUGAUGAGGUGCAAUCUGCCGCCUCUGAACGACGAGUACGGCCAGCACGUGGGCGUGAGGACUGACCUCGUCACGGCCAAUCCCAGCAUCCUCAAGGAAAAGUACGAGUCUUUGACGGGACGGCGGCGGAGCUUCGCGGAGAGACUUCGGAGUUACGGGAAGGCCCUGGUCCUCCUGCCGGCCUUCUCCUUCAGCGGCAACACGGCACUUUCCAUGCGGGCCGCCUACACCAUGGACGACUUCGACAGCCCCACUCGCGCCGUCUUCUUCAAUCCGCAGUACCUGCGCAACCUGUCCCGUUUCUGGAGCGGCAACGGCCUCAAGUCCCGUCGUCUCAGCACGGGCAUCAUGAUGGCCAGCCUGGCUCUGGAGGCGUGCUCCGAAGUGCACCUCUACGGCUUUUGGCCGUUCAGCAAUCACCCGCACGGACUCUACGCGCUCACCAAUCACUACUACGACGACAGGAAGGUCAACGCCAAGUUUCACGCCAUGCCCGUGGAGUUUGAACUACUGCUUAAGCUGCACAACCAGGGCGUGCUCAAGCUUCAUCUCGGCGAUUGUCCGGCCGACAGAAAGUGA